AUGGCACUUGAAUCCCGGACCCCCCCUCUCGGGGGCCAGACCCUCACCCGCCUCAGCACCCUCCUCGCCGCGCACCCGUCCCCCUCUGUCCCCCACCGCCUGCUAACACCACUCCUGCCAGCCCUCUGGGCACUCACCAUCUUCAGUCUCACCCACCUCCCGCAGCACAUGGCACACCCGCGCCCUCUCGCUACUGCACACCCACAUCAAGACGUCAACCCUCCCCUCCGCCGUGCUCACGGCGCUUCACGACCACAUCCUCACGCCGGCGGCGCGACCUGGCGCUUCGCACCCGGCGCGGACGGCGGCGUCGAGGUGCGCCCUGGCCUCGCCGAUGUCCGCGUGGACGAGGUGGAGGUACGGGUGGGCGCGUUCGUGGAGGUGCUCUCACAGGCGCCCGAAGACGCCAUUGCCGAGUUCUUUCUGGGGCGUGCUGCGGGCGUGGCUGGCGGACGUGGGGGCGGCGGUUGA